AUGGCAGGCCUCAAAUUCAAAAAACGAGCUCGAUCUAGAUCUCCUGAACGCGACACGGAUAAAACUUACCGCAAACGAUCGCGAUCACCCAGAAGAGAUAGAAAGAGAUCACCAAUUCGAGAACGAGAGCGAGAACCAAGACCUUCGCCCACAGAAGCUGCUGCAGAUGAUAAUUUAGAUAUCGCAGGGAAGUUUGGUUCUUCUUCUACUGACAAAGUACCAAAGAAAGACGAAGAAGGGUCAAAAGAUAUUGAAAUGCCUGAAGAGGAAGAUACCCUCGAUAUCGCCAGCAAAUUCGGCGCAUCUGCUUUUUCGAAAUUUAAAGCUUCGUCUUCCUCCAAACCCAAAGAUAAAAGUUCAGAUUCCUCCACUCCGCCGAUUAGACCCCCCGCAGCUCAUAUAUCUACUGCGGUUUCCGCUUCAUCGGCGCCUUCGAAUGAACCUAUGAUUAUCGUGCAUGUUAAUGAUCGGUUGGGAACCAAGGCGGCGAUCCCGUGUCUGGCGAGUGAUCCGAUUAAACUGUUUAAAGCGCAGGUGGCGGCGAGGAUUGGGAGACAGCCGCAUGAAAUUAUGUUGAAGAGGCAGGGGGAGAGGCCGUUUAAGGAUAAGUUGACGCUUGAGGACUAUGGGGUGGGAAAUGGGGUGCAAAUCGAUUUGGAGAUUGAUACUGGGGAGUGA